AUGGCGAUUACAGUACACAAUAUACCUGAAGGUUUUGCAGUUGGUAUUGCAUUUGGUGGACUUGGACAAUAUUCAAGAACUACUUUCUCUCAAGCGUGUAAUCUGGCGAUUGGUAUUGCUAUUCAAACUUUCCUGAAGGUUUGGCUUUUCUGGUAUGGACAAUUGUCCGGUCUUGUAGAACCGUUUGCUGGGCUUAUCGGUUGUCUGGCCGUACAUUUUUUCCGAAGACUUCAGCCAUAUGCGUUAGGCUUUGCUGCAGGAGCUAUGCUAUUCGUUGUAGUUGAUGAUAUUAUCCCUGAAUCUCAGUCCAGAGGUCAUGGCCGACUAUCAACUGUCAUGGCCCUUAUUGGCUUCGCUAUUAUGAUGUGUUUAGAAGUGAUCACAGAGACCUAG